AUGCUCGGCAUGCGGCGAAUCCUGGGAUCAGCGAAAGCGUGGCAGAUCACAGCCCAGGACAGUGCAAGGCAGGCCGCAGUCAAGGAAUGGCAGCCGCCACCAGACCACACGGGCAUCAAGGCCUACAAGGACAAGCUGAGGACAAAGCUCGAGGCGCUGGGCAGUAUCUGCUUGGCUACGCAGGGAGCCGGCAAGAGCGACCAGGAGACAAAAGAAGAAAUGGCGGUCCUCAAGCACUGCGCCAACCUCCUCAAGCCGCUCAGCCAGCAGCGGAACGAGGCAGUCCAGCGCAUCAACAACGUGGAGAUAUCGCUCAAAGGCACCAGGGAUCGCCUGGCACUCCUGGAGACACAGGAGAUGGAGCAGAUCGAGCAGCUGGACGAGCUAAAAGAAGCCCUAUCGGAGAUCGACGAUCGCAUCCACCAAGAAAUGAUCGACCUGCAGCCCGCAGUGCAGACGGGCGACAACGGUGCUACAAUGCAAGUCGACAGCACGGGCCAGGUUCAGCAGAUGUACGUGCAGCAGCAGCAGAUGCAGGACACCAUCUUUCAGCUCCAGAGGGUCAUCCAGGCCAACGGCAUUUCGCUUGGGCAGCAAUUUCAGCCCAGCGCAGCAGGACCGCACCCAACCCCGUGGCCCACAGAU